CUUUUAAGAUUAAGCCUGUGGACAAAAUCACCGACAUCGAUCAUGGAAACCUGGAAGCUUAUGUGGAGUUGCGGAGUUCAGAGUAUGUGUGCCCGGAGGAUUGGUCGGUCCGCGAUGAUUACUCAUUUAUACUCGUCCAACUGUUAACUAUCAGUCACAGAGGUAUAUCUUACCAGGACAAUAUAUUAUCUGUUUUGUUGACCCGAAUCCUGAUAUAUAUGGGCAACUCAACCAAGCUCGAAUGCCCCGUCCUGUCCCUCUACGUGAAGGUAAAAACAGAAGAUGGGAAGGUGCCCGAGGAAAAGGCGAGAGAAGACUGGGUUUAUCAGGAAUGUUAACUAUAGCAACGACGGGUCGUCAUCUGGCUGACAAGAUCCUAAGGGACAGCACUUUGAUUCUAUCUCCCCCAUCUAUUCUUCGGUUUCCGAUUUCCAUUUUCCCUUCUCCCGAGCCAUAUGUGCCGCAGGGGUUCUUCCUUCAUAUGUUACCUUCAGUUCAGAUCGGUAAUGGCUUUCGUUGAUGGACAACCCUUAUUGUAAGUUUUCUUUUGCCUGAGACUUAAUACCUUCCCAAAAAAUCCUCGAAAGCCCCAAGAGGAUCAUCAGGUUCUUCAACGGGGAUACCAGCAAAGGCAAGAGUAGCAUGAGUGUCAUGCUUCGAGACGGACUUCUUCAAGGCGUCGCUUUUCGGCGGAAUCGGUAUUUUCCAUCAUUCUUCUGGGAGCGAGAAGGCAGAAUGCCGGCGCCGGAGAGUGGCUUCAGAUACUGUUUUCCAUCGGUGACUAGGGUCUUGAAUUCCUUCAAAGGUCUGGGCUAUGCCCAAGACCCAAGAUUGAGCAGAGAAUCACAGGAGCGGAUAAUAUGAGGAUCGUCGGCAAGUUUUUAGAAUGAUACCUGAUGAGGGCCGUCGACAAGGGAUGGAUAUAUACCUUUCUUCCAUUAUAACCGCCAUGCCUCUUCUCUGCCUGCGCCGCUGGGAUGAGCUAGCUACCCCACCAUCCAUUAACCGAUUACCAAUCUUGGCAGGAUGGUGAGAAUAGUACUGUAUCUACCUUGUUUGGUGUCCAGACAGCACUGCAUGAGACUGCCGCCCCGAUGAGGAGGACGGCGAAUAUGGUGCCACGUCGCAGUUGCUAGCAGGGAUUAUAGAGCGCAGCGCUGUACACAGACAUCUGCCUGAGGUUAUCAAUAAGUUGAGAAAGAAUUCAAGGAUGGUGGAGUAGAGUCUAAAUUGGCACCAAUGUGACGAAUACGAUUCCACGAGUCAGCAAAGGGGAGCUUUCUCGUCAAGCAGCAGUGGAAACGUGAAUACUAUUGAUGUAGACAGCGAGAGACUGGAGGGAGCAAAGAACGGGUGAUGCUUUACGCGACAAACCUGAUUCUUGCAGAGAGCCACUUUGAAACUGUACGAGCGCUUGAUCGUCCCGUGCAUGCGCCUCUUCUACACCCCGCCUGGCUGGGAACGUUCUUUUCGUCAUCCUUCUGUUCAGCUCUGUAGGAGCUAUAAUCUUCCUCCAUUCACAGAGAGAAACAAAGACUUGAGGCGCCAUGGCGACUGCAGAAGAAGGCUCCCAUCUAACCCCCGAUGGAACAAAACUAUACACCAAGACUUGGAAGACCGCUGAACAACCACGGGCUAUUCUCGCGUUCGUUCAUGGGUACAGCGAUCAUUGCAAUAGGUACUACGACUUAUUUCCUACCUGGGCAUCAUAUGGGAUAGAGGUUAGGGCAUUUGAUCAGCGAGGAUGGGGUCGCACCGUUACCAAACCCAGCGAUUGUGGACGGACAGGUCCUACAUCUGUCGUUCUGUCCGACAUCCACUCCUUCUUACAGACCCUAACCCCCCUGGUCACCCAGACCACACCCCUGUUUCUCAUGGGAAGCAGCAUGGGCGGCGGUGAAGUCCUAUACUACAUCCUACACCCGGACUCACCAUUCAACAGUGUCAUAGACACAGAUUCAAAGAGUCCCAACCUGACCGGAGUCCUGGCAUGCUCACCGCUAGUGGCCUUACACCCUUCAACCCGUGUAUCCGCUCUGACCGUGAUAGCGGGUAGGAUAGCAGGUAAACUGCUACCGGCCUUCCACAUUCACCCGGCGCUUGAUGCGAGGUUCAUGUCCCGCAUUGAGUCGGUUUGCGAGGACUGGAUUAAUGACCCACUCUGCCAUGGCACUGGCACCUUGGAGGGGGUGGCUGGAAUGCUUGAUAGGGGUCUGUGGUUGGAAGGGUUGUCGUUAUCGGGUCCGAAGGGUAAGGACAGCGUUGAGCGGGUGAAGGAUCUCCUCCCGGCCAUCUGGUUCGGUCAUGGUAGUGGCGAUAGAGUUAAUAGUUGGGAUGCGACGAAGCAGCUUGCCGCGACUCUGGAAGGGGUACAUGUGGAUGUUACUUUUCAAUCAUACGAUGGGGCAUAUCAUAAGUUGGAUGCUGAUUUGCCCGAGGUUGGGGAGAAGUUUCGAAAAGAUGUUGCCGAGUGGAUACUUGCGAGAUGUCCUUCGGAGAGUCAAUCAUCUAGUCCGGUUCAACCGGAGACGUUGAGGCCAGAUAAUAUUGAAGAAUCUCCUGCUGAGUCCGUUGGUGUGACUGAUGAGGCAAAAGCGAAGCUUUGAGGUUACCAGAUUUUGAAUUGAUGA